CAAUGUCGAACAUUUCUCGGAUGAGAUUUUAUCUGUUUAGGUCAGUUGUCUCUUCAGGAUUACAGUGCCUUUGAUAUAACCUGUCCAUAAUAGGAUGCAACUAUGUAGAUACUAUGUGGCUUUUGAAUUAAAAUUCAAGGCUGACUGACUGGACCACUGUUGGGGAGGGAAGAGAGAGUUUUAGUAUUCCAGUCUAUAGAAAGAAAUAAUUUAACAACAAUAUUCUUUGAAGGGAUUCGAGGACGUGUGAGAAGCGUCCACUUUUGCAGUUAUCCUAGCUUUUAGUUCACUCGCCGUUGUAAUGGAAAUCGGUCGCAAUCUCCGUCGCUUGUGUUGGUUCCACAUCCUCCCUUAUUGGAGAACAUUUGUAGUUUUCCUGACGCCCAUCCUGCUCCUACCAGUUCCUCUAAUCGGGACUCAGGAAGCUUUGACUGGAUAUGUUGUCGUCAUUAUGGCAGUCUACUGGAUGACCGAGGCCCUUCCUCUGCCCGUUACGUCACUGUUACCCAUAAUCGCCUUCCCGUUGCUGGGUAUCAUGAACACGGGUCAAGUUUGUAUGAACUAUUUCUCGGAGACCGUUGUGAUGUUUAUCGGAGGGUUGAUGGUGGGUCUGGCCGUCGAAUAUUCAAACUUACACAAGAGAAUCGCUCUCAGAGUGUUGAUGCUCGUUGGAACCGAUCCCAAAUGGCUGAUGAUGGGCUUCAUGAGCGUGACGAUGCUUUUAUCCAUGUUUGUUUCCAACACUGGAGCUUGCGCUAUGAUUUGUCCCAUCGUUGAAGCUCUGGUGCAAGAACUCUUUCACAAAGAUUCUAAGGAAAACGAAGGAGAAGACAAAACUCAACUCACGGCCGAAGAAAAUCAAGUUGUGCGGGAAGAGUUUGCAGACGAUGAUGACGACGUGCGAUCACGUAGAGCACGUAGGGUCCGCGUCACCCUGUUGCUUUCGAUCGCCUAUUCGGCCAACAUUGGGGGCACUGGGACACUGAUAGGAUCGACCCCUCAACUCGCCUUGAAAGGAAUCGUUGAAGAACUCUAUGGGGAAGACAACGACCUGUCCUUCUCUUCGUGGAUGCUCGUCCUUAUGCCGGCCGUACUGAUAAGCACCGCUUUAACUUGGGUUUGGCUGCAAUUCCUCCUCUCCGGAUUCAAAUGCCAAAAACAAAUAGAGAAUGGAGUCAAGAGCCAAAGUGCUCGAGUCAAAAAUCUCAUCCGGACCAAGUAUCAAGAGUUGGGACCGACCAGCUUCAACGAGAAAACGAUUCUAUUCCUUUUUCCCGUCUUGGUCAUGCUGUGGAUGUUUCGCGAUCCCAAGUUUAUCGCUGGAUGGGGCUCACUCUUUUCAAAGAAAAUAGGGGAUUCCGUGCCUGUGCUACUGAUUAUUUUGAUUCUUUUCAUUCUGCCCAUCAAGCCGGAUUUCUGGUGUUUCAGGAGUGCUGGAUCGGAAAAUGAACGGCCCAAAGCCAGUCCCGCCAUGCUCACAUGGGAGUUCAUGCACGAAAAGUUACCUUGGGGUCUAGUCCUUUUAUUGGGAAGUGGAUUUGCCCUUUCGGACGCUUCGAAAAUAUCGGGCCUUUCCAAAUGGCUCGGCCAUCAAUUGUCGGCCCUACAAGUCCUACCGCCGUUUUCCAUCUUGAUUAUUUGCUGCAUGUUGACAACUUGGAUGACUGAAAUUGUCAGCAAUACAGCCACCGCUAAUAUUGUCCUGCCCAUAUUGGCGCAAAUGGCCGACACCAUUCAUGUUAAUCCGCUCUAUCUGAUGAUUCCAGCGGCAGCCACUUGCUGCUACACGUUCGUCCUCCCGGUUGGAACUCCCGCUAAUGCCAUCGUCUACAACAGCGCCAGGAUGAAACCCUUGGACAUGGUUAAAGCUGGGAUUGUGACUAAAAUGAUGUCUGUUUUAAUUCUCUGCGUCGUGAUGGAAACUAUUGGCAGAGGCAUUUUCCCGGUGAAUAUUAUCGAGUCUUCCUUGAAUGCGAACAAUAGUACAUCACUGUAGUUUGAAUCUUUUUCAACGGCAAUCGUCCAGCUUCGAAUUUCAAGCAAACGAUAUUAUUUUAUAAUAAAGUAAACCGUUUAUACUUCUCUGCUGAAUAUGCUGUAAUAAUGCCAUUCCGAAUAAAGUUAGAAAUAAAGAAAUUCAACGAGGUUAAUAUUUUGAGCACCAGAUGGCUCUACCAUACGACAACAAAAAGAGCAGAAUUCAGAAUUGCCAAAAAUUACGUCGUUUCAUUUCAGCUUUUUAAUUAAUUAAUAAACCAUGGAACAAAAGUCGAGUUUCCAGUUGAUGAACCAAGAAGAAAGAGAGAAAAAGGUUUGGUCCUAAUAGUUUUGUAAGAGCACAAAAUAUUAAAGGUUCUUCUUUAACAACAGUUGGAUGAACUUCAAGUAUUGGAGAAGGAGUUGGGAACUUUGAAGAAGAAUGCGGUCUGUAUAUUUCGGAUAAUAGAGAGCGCAAAAGAGUAACUAUAUAACUAAACAAUAUUUAUGCUUUUCCACAGAGAGUAUAUCAAAGUCAUGGUAACAGCAACCUUUUCUUCCUUGCUGAACGGCAAAAAAUCCACUCUGAAACAAAUUUGAGCCUGGCUAAGCUCACUGACACACACAACAAAUUGCAAAAGUGAAGGAAGAAAAACUCUUAGAUCUAAUUGUUGUGUAAGGUGCACUGUGAAAGACACUUGAUUGCAAAUUCCAAUACACGAUAUGAAUGAA